AUGGGUUCCUGCAUGUCCAGUCCCGAUGGCAAGAAGAUGAAGCGCACGGAUACCAACCCGGGCUCUAAGAACAACACGGAGCUGCACCGCACCACCUCGUCCUACCAGGGCUCGGUCGCCGAUGGCAUGCGCUACUCGGACCGCGCCACGGGCAACGCCGAGCGCGACCGUCUCACCGCCUCCCAACUCCACAAGAGCAAGACGCUCGAGGAGCGCAUCCGACAGGCCGAGCGCGAGAACAAGACGCGCGGUUGA